UUAUUUGUAGUUCAUGUUGCCAGACGGACAUGUAUUGCAGCACAUUACUUUACUGUUAGGCAGUUUAAAAGCAAUCCAGAUAAUAUUUGCUUCUGUAGCAGAUAGGUGUCUACAGGUUUCGGGUCUUGGCCAGACAGUGUCCUAAACCCGAUGUGAUGUCGGAUAAACGUCAGCGGGCCAGGGUCCAGGGCUCAUGGGCCAAACCACUGCCAAAACAACCACAAAGGCCUACUGAAGGAUGUGCAUUUCCAAGCAAUCCUGUUGCCAACCUUAAACCAUCUUGGGGUGUGGGUCAGCAUACAUUUGAGUUCCAUCAAUCCACCCAGCCAGUCAAGGUAAUACCCUCAGAGAAGGUGAUAGAGAAAGAUGGUGAUCAUGAGGUCAGCAAUGGACCAUCAGGGGUGUCAAGACUGCGUCUGUUCACUGCGUUCCUGCCAGUGGAGGAGGCAGACUGGAUGUUUAGUAAGCUGUUAGCCGAGCUGCCCUGGUCCCAGAAGACCAACUACAGACAGGGUGAGUCCUAUGGGGAGCCAAGGCUGACCUGCUGGUAUGGAGACCUGCCUUACACCUAUGCCCAUUCCACCAUGGAGGCCAACACACAGUGGCAUCCUCUGCUCCUUACCUUGCGACAGGCCGUGGACAGUGCAAGUGGAUCUUCCUUCAACUCCCUGCUGUGCAACCUGUACCGAAACGAGAGCGACAGCAUUGGCUGGCACAGUGACGACGAGGCUUCCCUGGGCACCAAGCCCACCAUAGCCUCCCUCAGCCUGGGAGACACCAGGGUGUUCAGCCUCCGCAAGAAGCCUCCCCCGGAGGAGAACGGAGACUACACGUACAUGGAGAGACUGCGGGUGCCUCUCGCUCAUGGCACUCUGCUUCUGAUGGAGGGCUCAACACAGGACGACUGGCAGCAUCAAGUGGCUAAAGAGUACCACAGCCGUGGACCCCGCAUCAAUCUCACCUUCAGAACCAUCUACCCUGAACCAGCAGGACGUAGACAUGGGGGACAAACUUUGACCACGAGUACAGCCCCAACACUGAGCACACGGCAUCACCAGAGACUUUUAUAAAAGGAGUAGUGGUAGGUGAAUAGACUAGAAGCUAAUGUUGGCGCAAGAAUGAAGUUCAACCAAGCCUGGAAAACCAUGAAUUCUGACUUGAUGCUAAUGAAAGGACAUGUUAUUGGAUCAUUGGAAUCAGGGGAAGCGUUAUUACAGAACACUCACAUAAGUUCAAGGAUAUUUUUCCUCCAUUAUUAUUUGCCUUAUUAGGAACUUUGCUGGAAUCUGCAUCAGUGAAGUUGUUCAAAUCCUAACCUUUUAAAUUGCAGAAAUCCAUGUUGAUAAUGGUUUAUAUUGUGAUCAUUCAUAUGGUUUACGAUUUAUUCUCAGAAAUGAUUGGACUAGACUAUGAGAAUGUCCGAGGUUCUCACAUUUACAACCCCUCAUUUGGGAGUCUAAUCGGGAUAAUAAAACUCUAUAAAAUGUAACUAUUAAAGUGGCUAAUUCAGCCAAAUAUGGCCCUUACGGGAGUUGUCAUUAUUUAUUUAGUAACACAGGACAAUCUUUUUCUUGUUUUGGAUGCUUGUGAAAUAAAGAGCACAGUAUUUUGAAACUGAAA